UGAGGCCCCUUCUGAGCCCCUAGGCCGCGGGGAGAAGCGUCGUCCCCCGAGGGUGGGAGGAGGCGGCUGCGGACCUCUGCACCGUCGCGAAACAGCCCUCCCGGCUCCUCCCUCCGCGCACCGCCUCUUUAUACCCGCCCCGACUCCUGUCGCCCCCUGGCGCCUCCCGCGGCCGCUACCUGGUCCCGCACCUCCUGACCCCUCACGCCGCGUCCGCACGCCCCUCCCUUCGUCCUCCCGGCGCAGCCCCGUGGCGCGGGCCACCGCCUCCGAACCCGCUCGGCCGCCAGCCGGCGCGCGCUCACCUGCGCUCCUCGCAGCGUCCCCCGCUCCCGCGCGCCGCCCGCAGUCUCGCGGGGCUGCGACCCGCGCGGGAGGGGCGCUGGCGGGGCGGGGCCGGUGGGCGACGUGUCCGGGGACCCUCGGGCGCCAGCCCUCUGCGAGCCGGCCCGCUGGAGGAGGGAUUUUGGCGUGAGAGUCGGUCCUCUGCGUAAGGACCGCGGAUUCGGGGCUCUCAGCGAAGCCUCCCUCCAGGGAGCCGGCUCGUGACUGGCCCGCGUGCGGUGUUGGAGGUUCGGUCUCCCCGUCUCCUGUGUAGCGCCGAGAGCUGCUGUGCAGGCGGCACGCGUCGGCUGCUGGUGCUGAAAAGGCAGAGUGCGCCCCUGCCGCCCCCCUCUCUCCGUUGACUUCCAGAGGCUGCUUUAGUUUAUGGUCCCUCAAUGUAACGCCCCCAAACGGCUUCCAAACUCAAGGCCUCAACCCUUCCCGCCGCUCAGGUCUCGACUCUAGAGUCUGUCCCGGCCCAAUAUCAUCCGGGUCUGCUGCUCCGUCUCUGCACUGGGACCCCGGCCCCCGGCCUCUUGACCACGCAGCACCGUGGUCCAAAUGUUUGCAAAACUGAGAAAGUCAUCACUCCUUCCACAAACUCCAGAGGAGUCUGACAGCAUUCUGAUAGUGAAGAUGGAAGAGGAAGAGCCAGCCUGUGAUCUGGACUCCAGCCUCCCCUGGAGCUGCUGCUGCAGUCCAGAGACCUUCCGCCAGUGUUUCAGGCAGUUUGGCUACCAGGAGUCCCCUGGGCCCCGGGAGGCUCUGAGCCGGCUCCGGGAACUUUGCUACCAGUGGCUGAGGCCGGAGGUGAACUCCAAGGAGCAGAUCCUGGAGCUGCUGGUGCUGGAGCAGUUCCUGGCCAUCCUGCCUGAGGAGCUGCAGGGCUGGCUGCGAGAGCACCGGCCCGAGAAUGGAGAGGAAGCCGUCACUCUGCUGGAGGAGCUGGAGAAAGAUCUUGACGGGCCAGCUGAGCAGCGAAGCCUCCCUCCAGGGAGCCGGCUCGUGACUGGCCCGCGUGCGGUGUUGGAGGUUCGGUCUCCCGGUCUCCUGUGUAGCGCCGAGAGCUGCUGUGCAGGCGGCACGCGUCGGCUGCUGGUGCUGAAAAGGCAGAGUGCGCCCCUGCCGCCCCCCUCUCUCCGUUGA